AAUAUGGCCGAUUGAUUUGACAGUUGAAAGUUGACAUUUGGUGCACGCUCCUUGGAGUCAUUUCAUUUGAACAAAGUCGUUCACUACGUAAAAGCGUCACAGCGGAUAAAAUUUUUUUAUUUUCCCGUGUAAUUCUUCCCAAGUCAGCCGAAUUAGUGUCACCGUUCCCAUUGCCAUAUCGGGAAGAUAACCACGAAUUUCAGCAUGAAUGUGCUUGGCGACAAGAACCGUGUCAUCUCCGAUCGAGGGGGCAGCGUGACCACCAAGAAGCAUGGGAAGCGCCCCGCGCCUUAUCCAAUGAGCCGUAAUUCCAAUAAUUGGGGUGUGCUGGAGGAGGUGGAUGUGGAAAAUUUGCUAGGCCAGCGUCAUCAAGGCAGCACAUUCGGUGCCCAGGACUUCGCUGUCAAUAGCAAAGAAGAUGGGAAGAUGAUUCCAGGCUCGGACAGCAGUGAUACCAAGAAUAAUGACAGUCCCAGCAUUCCAAGCACAUUGGAGAAUGUCAUCUCCGAUCGAGGGGGCGGCGUGACCACCAAGGAGCCUGGGGAGCGCCCCACGCCGGAUCCAAUGAGCCGUAAUUCCAAUAAUAGCAGUGUGCUGGAGGAAGUGGAUGUGGACAAUUUGCUAGGCCAGCGUCAUCAAGGCAGCACAUUCGGUGCCCAGGACUUCGCUGUCAAUAGCAAAGAAGAUGGGAAGAUGAUUCCAGGCUCGGACAGCAGUGAUACCAAGAAUGAUGACAGUCCCAGCAUUCCAAGCACAUUGGAGAAUGUCAUCUCCGAUCGAGGGGGCGGCGUGACCACCAAGGAGCCUGGGGAGCGCCCCACGCCGGAUCCAAUGAGCCGUAAUUCCAAUAAUAGCAGUGUGCUGGAGGAAGUGGAUGUGGACAAUUUGCUAGGCCAGCGUCAUCAAGGCAGCACAUUCGGUGCCCAGGACUUCGCUGUCAAUAGCAAAGAAGAUGGGAAGAUGAUUCCAGGCUCGGACAGCAGUGAUACCAAGAAUAAUGACAGUCCCAGCAUUCCAAGCACAUUGGAGAAUGUCAUCUCCGAUCGAGGGGGCGGCGUGACCACCAAGGAGCCUGGGGAGCGCCCCACGCCGGAUCCAAUGAGCCGUAAUUCCAAUAAUAGUGUGCUGGAGGAAGUGGAUGUGGACAAUUUGCUAGGCCAGCGUCAUCAAGGCAGCACAUUCGGUGCCCAGGACUUCGCUGUCAACAGCAAAGAAGAUGGGAAGAUGAUUCCAGGCUCGGACAGCAGUGAUAGCAUGGAUGAUGACAGUCUCAGCAUAAUAAGCAUAUUGGAAGUUGACACCUCCUAUCGAGAGGGCGGCGUGACCACCAAGAAGCCUGAGGAGCGCCCCACGCCGGAUCCAAUGAGCCGUAAUUCCAAUAAUAGUGUGCUGGAGGAAGUGGAUGUGGACAAUUUGCUAGGCCAGCGUCAUCAAGGCAGCACAUUCGGUGCCCAGGACUUCGCUGUCAAUAGCAAAGAAGAUGGGAAGAUGAUUCCAGGCUCGGACAGCAGUGAUAGCAUGGAUGAUGACAGUCUCAGCAUAAUAAGCAUAUUGGAAGUUGACACCUCCUAUCGAGAGGGCGGCGUGACCACAAAGAAGCCUGAGGAGCGCCCCACGCCGGAUCCAAUGAGCCGUAAUUCCAAUAAUAGUGUGCUGGAGGAAGUGGAUGUGGACAAUUUGCUAGGCCAGCGUCAUCAAGGCAGCACAUUCGGUGCCCAGGACUUCGCUGUCAACAGCAAAGAAGAUGGGAAGAUGAUUCCAGGCUCGGACAGCAGUGAUAGCAUGGAUGAUGACAGUCUCAGCAUAAUAAGCAUAUUGGAAGUUGACACCUCCUAUCGAGAGGGCGGCGUGACCACCAAGAAGCCUGAGGAGCGCCCCACGCCGGAUCCAAUGAGCCGUAAUUCCAAUAAUAGUGUGCUGGAGGAAGUGGAUGUGGACAAUUUGCUAGGCCAGCGUCAUCAAGGCAGCACAUUCGGUGCCCAGGACUUCGCUGUCAAUAGCAACGAAGAUGAAAUGAUGAUUCCAGGCUGGGACAGCUGUUAUACCAGCGAUGAUGACAGUCCCUGCAUUCCAAGCACAUUGGAGAAUGUCAUCUCCGAUCGAGAGGGCGGCGUGACCACCAAGAAGCCUGAGGAGCGCCCCACGCCGGAUCCAAUGAGUCGUAAUUCCAAUAAUAGUGUGCUGGAGGUAUUGGAUGUGGACAAUUUGCUAGGCCAGCGUCAUCAAGGCAGCACAUUCGGUGCCCAGGACUUCGCUGUCAAUAGCAACGAAGAUGGGAAGAUGAUUCCAGGCAAGGACAUCAGUGAUACCAGCGAGGAUUAUAGUUAUUUCGAAUAUGAAAUAAUGAGUCCAGGCUCGGACAGUAUUGCUACCAGCGAGGAUUAUAGUUCUUUCGAAGAUGAAAUAAUGAGUCCUGGCUCGGACAGUAUUGCUACCAGCGAGGAUUAUAGUUCUUUCGAAGAUGAAAUAAUGAGUCCUGGCUCGGACAGUAGUGAUACUAGCGAGGAUUAUAGUUCUUUCGAAGAUGAAAUAAUGAGUCCAGGCUCGGACAGCAGUGAUACCAGCGAGGAUUAUAGUUCUUUCGAAGAUGAAAUAAUGAGUCCAGGCUCGGACAGUAGUGAUACUAGCGAGGAUUAUAGUUCUUUCGCAGAUGAAAUAAUGAGUCCAGGCUCGGACAGUAUUGCUACCAGCGAGGAUUAUAGUUCUUUCGAAGAUGAAAUAAUGAGUCCAGGCUCGGACAGUAGUGAUACUAGCGAGGAUUAUAGUUCUUUCGAAGAUGAAAUAAUGAGUCCAGGCUCGGACAGUAGUGAUACUAGCGAGGAUUAUAGUUCUUUCGCAGAUGAAAUAAUGAGUCCAGGCUCGGACAGUAUUGCUACCAGCGAGGAUUAUAGUUCUUUCGCAGAUGAAAUAAUGAGUCCAGGCUCGGACAGCAGUGAUACUAGCGAGGAUUAUAGUUCUUUCGAAGAUGAAAUAAUGAGUCCAGGCUCGGACAGCAGUGAUACCAGCGAGGAUUAUAGUUCUAUCGAAGAUGAAAUAAUGAGUCCAGGCUCGGACAGUAUUGCUACCAGGGAGGAUUAUAGUUCUUUCGAAGAUGAAAUAAUGAGUCCUGGCUCGGACAGUAGUGAUACUAGCGAGGAUUAUAGUUCUUUCGAAGAUGAAAUAAUGAGUCCAGGCUCGGACAGCAGUGAUACCAGCGAGGAUUAUAGUUCUUUCGAAGAUGAAAUAAUGAGUCCAGGCUCGGACAGUAUUGCUACCAGCGAGGAUUAUAGUUCUUUCGCAGAUGAAAUAAUGAGUCCAGGCUCGGACAGCAGUGAUACUAGCGAGGAUUAUAGUUCUUUCGAAGAUGAAAUAAUGAGUCCUGGCUCGGACAGUAUUGCUACCAGCGAGGAUUAUAGUUCUUUCGAAGAUGAAAUAAUGAGUCCAGGCUCGGACAGCAGUGAUACUAGCGAGGAUUAUAGUUCUUUCGAAGAUGAAAUAAUGAGUCCUGGCUCGGACAGUAUUGCUACCAGCGAGGAUUAUAGUUCUUUCGAAGAUGAAAUAAUGAGUCCAGGCUCGGACAGCAGUGAUACCAGCGAGGAUUUUAGUUCUUUCGAAGAUGAAAUAAUGAGUCCAGGCUCGGACAGCAGUGAUACCAGCGAUGAUGACAGUCCCUGCAUUCCAAGCACAUUGGAGAAUGUCAUCUCCGAUCGAGGGGGCGGCGUGACCACCAAGGAGCCUGGGGAGCGCCCCACGCCGGAUCCAAUGAGCCGUAAUUCCAAUAAUAGCAGUGUGCUGGAGGAAGUGGAUGUGGACAAUUUGCUAGGCCAGCGUCAUCAAGGCAGCACAUUCGGUGCCCAGGACUUCGCUGUCAAUAGCAACGAAGAUGAAAUGAUGAUUCCAGGAUGGGACAGCUGUUAUACCAGCGAUGAUGACAGUCCCUGCAUCCCAAGCACAUUGGAGAUUGUCAUCUCCGAUCGAGGGGGCGGCGUGACCACCAAGAAGGCGGAUCCAAUGAGCCGUAAUUCCAAUAAUAGCAGUGUGCUGGAGGAAGUGGAUGUGGACAAUUUGCUAGGCCAGCGUCAUCAAGGCAGCACAUUCGGUGCCCAGGACUUCGCUGUCAAUAGCAACGAAGAUGAAAUGAUGAUUCCAGGCUGGGACAGCUGUUAUACCAGCGAUGAUGACAGUCCCAGCAUUCCAAGCACAUUGGAGAAUGUCAUCUCCGAUCGAGGGGGCGGCGUGACCACCAAGAAGCCUGGGGAGCGCCCCACGCCGGAUCCAAUGAGUCGUAAUUCCAAUAAUAGUGUGCUGGAGGAAGUGGAUGUGGACAAUUUGCUAGGCCAGCGUCAUCAAGGCAGCACAUUCGGUGCCCAGGACUUCGCUGUCAAUAGCAACGAAGAUGAAAUGAUGAUUCCAGGCUGGGACAGCUGUUAUACCAGCGAUGAUGACAGUCCCUGCAUUCCAAGCACAUUGGAGAAUGUCAUCUCCGAUCGAGGGGGCGGCGUGACCACCAAGAAGCCUGGGGAGCGCCCCACGCCGGAUCCAAUGAGUCGUAAUUCCAAUAAUAGUGUGCUGGAGGAAGUGGAUGUGGACAAUUUGCUAGGCCAGCGUCAUCAAGGCAGCACAUUCGGUGCCCAGGACUUCGCUGUCAAUAGCAACGAAGAUGAAAUGAUGAUUCCAGGCUGGGACAGCUGUUAUACCAGCGAUGAUGACAGUCCCUGCAUUCCAAGCACAUUGGAGAUUGUCAUCUCCGAUCGAGGGGGCGACGUGACCACCAAGAAGCCUGGGGAGCGCCCUACGCCGGAUCCAAUGAGCCAUAAUGCGAAUAAUAGCAGUGUGCUGGAGGAAGUGGAUGUGGACAAUUUGCUAGGCCAGCGUCAUCAAGGCAGCACUUUCGGUGCCCAGGACUUCGCUGUCAAUAGCAACGAAGAUGAAAUGAUGAUUCCAGGCUGGGACAGCUGUUAUACCAGCGAUGAUGACAGUCCCAGCAUUCCAAGCACAUUGGAGAAUGUCAUCUCCGAUCGAGGGGGCGGCGUGACCACCAAGAAGCCUGAGGAGCGCCCCACGCCGGAUCCAAUGAGCCGUAAUUCCAAUAAUAGUGUGCUGGAGGAGGUGGAUGUGGACAAUUUGCUAGGCCAUCGUCAUCAAGGCAGCAAAUUCGGUGCCCAGGCCUUCGCUGUCAAUAGCAACGAAGAUGGAUUAAUGAUUCCAGGCUUUAAAAGCAUUGAUACCAGCAAAAAAGAGAUAAUGAUUCCAAGGAAGAAAUCUUCCUUAAAACGUAACCAUGCCGAGGAUGUCGGUCCCUCUGAGAGCAAAGUGAUGAAGGGGCUGGACAUGGUAGAGGAGAUGGAAAGAAAGAAAAUGGAAAAGAAUAAGGAGAAAAUUGAAGAAUGGUGGAAGGUAUCAAAGAAGCUCCCUGAGAAAAAAAAGAAAGAUAAGAUAAAGCAAAACUUGCAAAACCAGAAGAUGGCCUGGGCGAAAAUGCAAAAGAAGAGGCCGGAGACGGAACUGGAAAAGAAAAUUGGGAAGAGGUUAAGGAUAGCUAAGGAAAAAUUGGAGGCUCUAAAGAAGGCCAAGGAGAAAAUGGUAAAACAGAUGUUGGAAAAGCAGAAGAAUAUGAAAAUGAAACUGGCCCAUCAGAUGUUAGAAGUUGAGAAAUUGGAAAGAGAGAAGAAAUUUAUAUCCAUUAAAGAGAGUAUGGUCAUGGCAAAUGGAAAGAGAAGACGGUCUGCCCCAAGAAGAUGGUGACGGAAAUGAACAUAUGUAUAAUGAGAUGUUUUAACGAAGGAAGCCGGAGGACGGAAGCCGCAGAAAGAAGGUCAAGACACACAAGACACGGAUUUCUGGGUACACUAGGAUUGGGUCAUCUCCACAUUGUGCCAUUUAAAAUAAAAUAUUGUAAAUAUACUUGAGA